GACCAAGGAUUCGUAAUGGCGACGGUGUCGACGAUGGUGAUGUCGGAGUGUCAACUCGGGAUUGCAGGCGGUGGUGUCGGAUUGAACGCAUUCAGCGAGGCAGGGGGAGGAGGUAGUGGUCACAAUGGUUCUGGAUCGGUCCAGCCGCCUUGGAACAGGAGUCUAGAGAGAGCGUUGGAGGAAGCCGCUGCGACGGGAGUGUUGAGCUUAAGCGGGAGGAAACUGAAGGAGUUCCCCAGGAGCGCGGCGAACCAGGACUUGACGGACACCACGCAGGCGGAUCUUUCCAAGAACCGAUUGGUAGAGAUUCCGGCUGAAGUUUGUUACUUUGUAUCAUUGGAGAGCCUUAACCUCUAUCAGAACUGUAUACGAAGUAUUCCAGAAGCCAUUUUAAACCUACAAUCUUUAACCUUCUUAAACAUCAGUCGUAACCAGCUGGCAACGUUACCUGGACAUGUUUGCAGUCUCCCUUUAAAAGUUUUAAUUGCAAGUAACAACAAGCUAAUAUCAGUACCAGAAGAAAUAGGGUUACUACGACAAUUAACAGAACUUGACAUCAGCUGUAAUGAGAUACAGACAUUACCACCACAGAUUGGAAACCUGGAGAUUUUAAGGGACCUAAAUUUAAGGAGGAAUCACUUGGUAACACUGCCAGAAGAGCUUGCAGAUUUGCCACUCGUGCGAUUAGACAUCUCCUGUAAUAAAGUGACAACAAUUCCAGUCUGUUAUCGAAACCUACGGCAUCUCCAAACAAUCAUUUUGGACAAUAAUCCCUUGCAGUCUCCACCUGCGCAGAUUUGCAUAAAGGGGAAGAUCCAUAUAUUCAAAUAUCUGAAUAUUGAAGCAUGUAAAAGCGUUCCAGACAUGCCAGAAUAUGAUCGAACGAGACCGGUCGGAUUCAGUUCAUGUCAAGAAGACUAUUUCACAGGCCGGCCAUAUGGAGCACUGGAUUCUGGCUUCAACAGUGUUGACAGUGGCGAUAAGAGGUGGUCUGGCAAUGAGCCCACAGAUGAGCUUUCUGAUCUCCCACAACGAAUGAGUGAAAUUGCGAAAGAGCAACGGCAGCGGCGAGAUAGUCAGUAUCAGGAGCAUCGAGGUGUACCACUCGUGACAAAUGGCCCAGUUGAACACGACUUGGAGCAGAUUGAUUACAUUGACAGCUGUGCCAUGGAGGAAGACGAAGAUGAUAUGCGAUUGCCAAAACGACUUGACUCCUCCAGUCUCAGCUCACAAUUCAUUGCAUACAUUGAACGACGACGGAUUAAUUAUGAUGCUUCACCGAUGAAAUCAAAGCAUGCUGGAAAUCCACAAAAAUGUGUAAAUGACAGGGGCUGGCUACAACAAAACAGUGUAUUUUCAGAAGCUGGCUUGUGCUCUCCACUUCCAUCUAGUGGCCACAAUGUGGUUUCAGAUGUUGAGUGCUCAGAAUUGGAGUUACAGAGGAGACGUGAGCAACUACUUGUAGAACGGACCAGAAGAGAGGCACAACUUGCUGCUCAGCAAUAUGAAGAGGAGAGAAUCCGAACUAAACAAAUUCCGAAAGAGGCUGUUCUUGACUUUGUGAGACUCCCCAAAUAUUUCCCUAGCAGACGAUCCCAGCAUACAGAUGAUAGCGCCUUAUUAGUGAAUGAAGAAAGACAGCCUGUGUCACCAUGUGCUUCUGUUACCCAAUCAUCUAUCAAUAUGGCUGCAGUCCAGUCUGUUCCUCCUUAUCCUGGUUCUUCUCCCCACUCUUACAAACAGCCCACACAUACUCAGCGGCUUGAGAAUUUCCUAUUGAGAGCGACCAUAAGAGAUGAGAUGAUAAAAGAUGGAAAUUCUUCCUCCUCCUCUGUUCUCCCUAGCCAGGACUCUGGAGACACCUUGACAUUGCAGAACCAGAAGCAAUGUGACGAUGAACAGAAAGUCUUGCAGCAGCUACGGAAGAACAUUGAAACACGGUUAAAGAUUUCUCUCCCAAGUGAUCUUGGAACAGCACUAACAGAUGGUGUUGUCCUCUGUCAUCUGGCUAAUCAUGUGAGACCACGGUCUGUGCCCAGUAUACAUGUGCCAUCUCCAGCUGUGCCCAAACUGACCAUGGCAAAAUGCAGACGAAAUGUGGAGAAUUUCCUGGAUGCUUGUAAGAGAAUUGGUGUACCACAGGAUCGAUUGUGUCUGCCCCUUCACAUUCUAGAAGAGAAAGGACUGGCACAAGUAGCCGUGACUAUAGAAAAUCUGCUUGAGCUCGCCCCUACCAAACAGCACCAUUAAUCAACUGCCUAAAGACUUGAAGCAAUGGGUACCUCUCACAAGAAACAAUGUAAAAGCACAAUUGAAUAUGCUUCAAGUUGGUCUCCAUCACAAUCACUUCUAUCACACUCCUCUUUACUAUCUACAUAACGACCUUGAGAAAGUCAGUUGCUAAAUGUGACAUUUUUUGAUGCUUUUUUUUAAAAAAGCAGCACUUAAUUUGUUUUCCAAUUUGGGAACUAUGAUAAAAAUUGUUUCUGUAACAUUUAAAAUGGGUAUACAUUGCAUUCAGUGAACAAAUGGGCCUAGAAACUAGUUCAUAACAUCUUGCUUUGUGACAGUCCAGUAAGUAGCUCUUCAAUUCAUUUUCUAUCUACCAUAAUUCAAUGUUUGCCUGGUGCCAGUAAGACCAUAUUUAUCAGGAAUACUCUGUCAUCUAAUACAUAAAUAGGAAUAAGAAAUAAUUCAAAAAUUACAAGUAGGUGGCCACUUCCUACAUGCAAGGAGGUCAGUGACAAAUGGGAAGCCAGGGAGGUAAAACAACUUGCACCUCAAUGGAAUGGAAUGGAAGGAUCUCCUUCAAACAGCCCCUUUUAUAAUGGAAGCUCCUGUACACCAGAUUCCUCAUCCUUGGCCUCUCAUACUGACCCAGCCAAGAAGCCCCCUCAUCUAAUUUAUCCUGCUCCUGGUUUCCUUUCUUUAGCAGCACACCCAGUAAAACAGCUGGCACCAGAGUGCAACUGACUAAUUUGAUUGGGGCAGUUGGCCUGUCAGUCUACUGACACUCUUUACAGCUUUAACUGGCUGUGGAGUAUCCAUCAGAGAGGAAACCAAAAAAUCAUAACCAGCAGCAAAGCCACUUGAGGAGUGGCCAGUGUAUCCUUUUAAUAUGCAUUUCCUGUCUGAUAGCGAGUAGUGUAAAAAUUUGCAUAAGCGCAUGAAUAUCUAGUCAGAAGCUUUUCUUCCAGAAUAGAAGUGAUGUAUUUCACUGAUAGCUAAUCCAGCUGUAAAAUGACAUAAGGAUGUUUCAUGGUGUUUCAAUGAGUUCAUUUUAGAAAUUAUGCACUGUACUCUUAAAUGGAUCAGUACUGUAUGAUUUAUUCCAGGUUUGGUACCGAGGGUUCCUUCGUUCUAGUUAUAUAUUUACUUAGGAAUUCCUUUCUGUUAACUUUAUGUAUUCAUUUUUGCAACACUGAGUGAUUUAAGUAUGCUGACAGAAUAUACUCUUCAUAUUAUAAAUUAUAUUCAUGCAAUAUACAUGUGUAUAUAUUUAUUCAUAGCACAUAAGUGUGAUAAUGCAAUCACUAAGUUAGCCAUAUUUGCAUAAUGUAGUGAUAAGCACUUUAUCAUGUGGCAUUGAUGAUGUCAGUCAAUUCAUGGCAUCAGAAGGUAACCUGUCUGUAGUAUAGGCUUGCUACAUGAAAUACAGCACAGCAUCUUCCACUACAUUGUCAACUUAUGUAUGCCCAGUUUUAUGAAUAGUAAAAUAUGGUGGGAUAGGGUCUGUGUCCAUUUUAACUUAUGUUGUGGCUUAAUUAUAGGUCAAACAUGAAAGAUACCCUUUAUGGAAUAAGUUGUGAUUUCAUUGUUUAUCAUGGUGGAAUCUCUCAAUGUACACUUGCAAUACUAAACCUAAAGUGUUCAAACUUAGAGAUCAUUGAUCCUGAAAUUCACUUUUAAAUUAUUUAGAUGCUCAUACCAAAAUUCUGUCACCAUUUUUAUCAAAGUGAUUUAUUUUCACACCAUUUUAACAAUUCACAGUGUUUUUUGCUUAAAACUUGGGAUGGAUUGUAGCCAUCAGAAAGGAUUUCUUUUUUUUUUAAUUAUGACUUGAACUGAAAAAUUUUUGCCUGCACUUUCUCUUUUUUUCUUUGUAAAUAGUUCCUUUUUUUGUGUAACCGUUCAUGUUUAGUUUCAACACCAACUUUGGUUCAAAUGAUGUUUUAAUUUAAGCUAUAUAUGUUUUUAUGAUUUAGUUACCAACCUAGUUCAUCGGUUUCCUUGUUUGUCAUUUCAUGUCUCUUAAAAGUAAAUAUCUGGUUUUUAAAAAACGGACCUUUUAAAAGUUAUUUUGGCAUUGAACACUGUCAGGACCAGGCUAAUAUCAUACACAAUGAAUUUGAAGUGAAAUGACUUGUACCAAGGCAGUUCCCUUCUAUUAGUUUUCAUCAGACAUGUUUUUCCUCUUCAAAAUCAUUGAGUAGCAGAAUAAUUAUUCUUGCUUACAAAUAACCUCUGAGAGAUCUAGGUCAUCUGAAACCACAUGCUAUGUACAUUACUGGAGAAGGAACCAUUUGUUUGUGGACCUGAUUCCGACUCAGAAACAGGUGGGUGGAGAUGGAAGCUGUGAGGGAAAAAGGGGCUGCAAAGAAUGACAGCUUGAGUGAGUAACAAAAUGGCAGACGGGAUAUAUAUGGAGAAUUGUGGGCUUAUUCACUUCGGUCAUUAGAGUGGAAUGUUUUGAAAAGGUGUGAAAUUUCAAAUUGAGAGAGACUGUUGUGUUAUAAUUCACAGAGCAUACAAAUUUAGCAUACCAGGAAAGGAAAUAAAUGCUGGUCUUGAUUGCAAUAAGAUUAAAGUACAGGAAAAAGGAAGUCUUGCUACAAUUAUCCAAGGUUUUAAUGAGACCAUAUCUGGAUUAUUCUGUGCAGUUUUGGUCUCCUUUUGGAAGGAUAUACUUGCAUUCAAAGCAUAACAUUAAAGAUUGACUAACUCGCUCAGCCAUCUGAUCCUAGGGACCAAUUGUGAGAGGUGACUGUACUGAAACGUGAAGGAUUCUGAAGGAGCUCGACAGAGUAGAUAAUUGAGAGAUUAUUUCUGCAGGCUGGUGAAUCUAAAACUUGUGGGUGUGGUCUCAAGAUAAGGGGCUCAAUCAUUUAGGACUGAGAUGAGGAGGAAUUCCUCAACUCAAAGGCUUGUGAUCCUUGAAUCUUCUGUCCAUAGGUUUGAGGAUCCUCAGUUGUUGAAUAUAUUUAAGGCUGGGUCACACAUUUUGGAGUUUGAAAAUAAUCAAAGGAUAUAGGAGUGGGUGGGAAAGUGGAAUUUAAGACCAUGGUCAUACUCAAUUGCAGAGAAAGCUUGAAGGGCUAUCUGGUCAUCUUCCUGUCGAACAGAAUGAGAUUUUAUUUUUCUUCCAGUUUUUCUUUUGGGCAGUGCAAUUAGGAGUAAAUAAGGAAUAGAAUGCCUUUUAAAAUUAAUUUUCAAUCACUAGUCUAACAGGAUAGUGCGCCAUAGCAAGGUGUUACCAAAAUUAUAUUCCCUAAUUGUUACAAUGAGCCAAAAGAGUUAAGGGGACAGUUAAUAUUUUACAAGCAAAUGGAUUUUUGCCUGUCAUAUUUUACAAGAUUGCACAGAAUGGAAGCAGCAGAGUUGCAGAUGGCAAAUGCUACUUACGUUACUUUUGACUAUCCAAUGUUCCCUCAACCAAAUGAUUAGCAAAUAAACCAACCUGAUUUAUUUCAGAUGGUUUAUAACUGGUAUUUCUUCUAAAGUUACUGUCAUUUUUCAGUUCCUGCAAUACUUUAGUUGUCUGCUGCCAGGUAAGCUGCUUCCAACACUUUUUGGAAAUGGUUUGUUGUUUUGAACACUGACAAAAUAAACAAAAAGGUGAAAAGUUAACUCCCAAACAAAAGGAGACCUGGCGGAGUAAAGUUUGCUGUAGUCAGUGUAUCAAUAACCACCUCAAACCAGAAUUCUGACACCUUUGAUUUGAAAUAAAACUCAUGCUAAAUUUGGAUAGUUAAUAGUGUUGUACAAGGUAGAAUCUUGAAUUUAGACUCAUUUUGUCUUUCUUUAAUCAAAUUCAUUUUGAAGAACUGUCGGCAGUACUGGUCUAAAAGGGUAUUUUUUUCCAUUCACCUACAGAUGGUAACUUACAAAUCUCGUCCACAAAAUGUAUGAGAUUUUAGAAAGAUGAAAUUUUAAGUCCUAUCUUGAUCGCUGAUCUGGCAGAAAAAACGUAAAGUCAGAUGUGGGCUCCAAUCUGAUACCAGCUUUGACUAUUUCUUAUUCUCUAUUCACUUACAAAUAUGUUGAUAGGUUAGAAUACAUUCAUCUAAUGAAAACAGUGACAACUUGAAAAAGCAGUUCAUAGUAAGAAUUUUGAAAAUAAAGCUGGAAGAUAUUUCAUUGAACAGUACUGUAUCCAGGUUAAGAUGUUUCAGCUCAUUUUAAAUACAGCAUUAGAUUCUAAUAAUUCAGAUUUCUUUAUAGGUUCCUUCAAAUGUAUUCCAUUGUUAAGUAAAUUUACAGUAUCUGUUGGAUUUGUCAAAAAAUACUUAGUAAUAAUUCAAACAUUUGAAGAUGCUCUGUUGUGCUUUUAUUCUAUAUUGGCAUUUUUUUUCACUCUAAAAAUAUAGUUUUCUAAAUUUCCAGGAUCAUUUCUAUCUGCCACUUCUAGAAAUAAUUAUGAAAUUUUAAGUGCCUGAUUUAACUUUUAUUCAAUAGGUGAUUCCAUAUUUCAUGAAUAGAAAUUCAUGUUCAAUUUUGAAAUUGGUUUGGUUUGGGUUUAAACUGACUUUGGUAUCAGAAUGGAAGUGAACUGAUUUACAUGAGAAAAGAUUCACAGGAAUGUUGUCGGGUUUGGAGAGUUUGAGUUGUAGCGAGAGGCUGACUUGGCUGGGGUAAUUUUCCCUGGAGUCUCAGGGGCAAAGUUACAGAGGUUUAUAAAUGAUGAGGGGCGUGCAGAGGGUAAAUGGACCAAGUCUUUUUCCCAGAGUAGGGGAGUCUAAAUCUAAAGGGUUCAAGAUUUAAGUUGAAAAGGGAAAAAUUUAAAAGGGACCCAAGGGGCAACUUUUACUUGCAAAAGGUGGUGCUUGUAUGGAAUGAGCUAGUGGUAGAGGCUGGUACAACUAAAACAUUUAAAAGACAUUUGAAUGGGUACAUGAAUAGGAAGAGUUUAGAGUCACAUGCUGGCAAAUGGGAUUAGAUUAAUUUUGGAUCUCUCGUCAGUUGGACCAAAGGGUCUGUUUCUGUGCGAUACGACUCUGUGACUCUGUGACUUUCUUUACUGCUCCCAGUAUUUUUGGUUGGAAGAGUUGAAACUGACAUUCUAAGACAAGAUAAUUUGCAAGCAAGGUAACCCAAUAGCUAAGAUACCGGACCCAGUACUUUAAUUUUUAAGUCUGUGGUGAACAUGCAGUUCAUUUGUUUUAUGUUUAUACACUUGUAAAUAUAUUUGCUUUUGUAAUUAUUCUCAUUGUAGUCAUUUGUACACAUUUUGGAUGUUAUGUGUACAUUCUUGUUCCUUUAAAAAUUAUAGAUGCCCUCCAGGGAGCCAAAGACCUCUUUCUAAGUGUUUUCUACAGCUAGAGAAAGACUGGAUAUGCAUUUUGAGCAUUGCUUUCUAUGGGAGACUUCUGUGGAAAACGUGGGGCCUUGAUUUUUUUUUGAUUAUAUCAUGUAGAUAUUUAUCAUGUAAAAAGGCAUAUUGUGAACUCCAGCUUUGCUGUAACUGAAUUCUUUGUAUAUAUGUAGAACACACAAUAUAUGGUUAUGAAUCGUUUGUAAUGAAUAAA